AUGAUCUGCACUUGCCAAACAAGCCACAAGCCACAAGACUUCAUUCAACCCCGCACCUCGCCAUCCCAGAUCCUCAACUCGACCAUGCAGUCAUCAAACACACCACGGUCAGCUCCGGCCUCACCUACUACUACCUCAUGGUUCCAAAGUACCCUCGCCUCAAUCGGGUCUAUCUUCCAAACUUCCUCCAUGGAAGACGAGUCUGAAUCUGAUGCGAUCUCUGGAUGGGUUGGAACAAAGAAGCGACGCUGUCGAUCUGUCGGAGAGGCUCGUUGA